CUCAACCUUAGAGUCAGUGCCACAGUUCCUCUGCAGUGUGAUCGGGAGGGUGUCCGUCUGUUUCUGAAGUGCUGAGUUUCAGUGUGUGCCGAUAACCAAGGCUCCUCUGCGGUCUAUCAGCCCCAUCUCCACCACGCUCAUCCGCCUUCCUUCGGGGGAGCUGGACAAGCCAGCUGCACAGAGAGGAAAUACCAGGAGGAUAAUGACCUAAAGACCUUUGUCAUUUUGCAGAUUUUUGUUUUUACCAAAGGCUGUGGAAUACAGCUAUUUCAGCUCAGGGUGUUCUUUUUGGUGCUAGCUAGAAGAUGAGGAAACACCGGCUGUUACCGCUGUGCGCUCUUCUGGGUGUCCUGUUCGCAGGACUUCUGCCCAAACUUGAUGCCCAGGGUCAGGAAGCACACGAGUCAGCUGACCUUGUACUCUUAAUUGACGGAUCUGAGAACGUUGGAGCGGCCAACUUCCCCCGCGUGCGCGAUUUGGCUAUGAAAGUCAUUGAGGGCCUCGAUGUGGGCAGGGACACAAUUCGGGUGGCUGUGGCUCUGUACAGCGCGGACCUAGAGAUUCAGUUCUUUCUAAAUAGCUAUGACACCAAAGCCGCUGUCCUGGAUGCUGUGAAGGCCCUUCGGUUCACAGGCGGCGAUGAGGCUAACCUUGGAGCCGCCUUGGAGAAAGUACCUGGGAUCCUGUUGGUUCCGGAAUCAGGGGGCAGGGCAGAGGAGGGGGUGCCCCAAGCUCUGGUGGUGAUCAGUGCCGGGCCGUCCAAUGACGAUUUCAGUGCGGGUGACAGGGCUCUUAAGGCAGCGAGCAUUAUCACGUUUGGCGUGGUGGUCGGCGGCGAGGCUACCGCCGAGCUGGAGACUAUCGCCACAGACAAGAGCUUUGUUCUGUCGGCCCCCGAUUUCAGGGCAGUGGCAAGCAUGGGUGACCAGUUGCUACCAUAUGUUAACGCGGUAGCCCAGCGCAACAUUGUCAUUCAGAAUGAAUUCACAGAAGCCUUGGAAGUGGGAAAAAGGGAUAUCAUUUUUCUCAUUGACAGCACUAUGGGUGCCACAAUGAUCAACUCUCUUCGUGAGUUUAUCAAAAAGUUUGUUGACACCAUGCCAAUCGGACCGGAUCAAGUGCAAGUGGGUGUGGCCCAGUUCAGCAACACUGCCAGGCUUGAGAUAGAGCUGAACUCAUAUGGAUCCAAGGAAGACCUGAGUGCAGCCCUGGGCAGACUCAAGCCAAGACCAGGACAAGUGGUGAACAUCGGGGCGGCCCUGGACUUUGUGAGGACCAACAUGCUGAGGGCUGACAAGGGGAGUCGUAUUCAGCAGGGCGUGCCCCAGCUGGUUCUGUUGUUGACCAGUAAGAAGUCCAGUGACAGUGUGGGGCAGGCUGCUGAGGCACUGCAGCGCAUGGGGGUUCUGACCCUGGCUGUCGGCUCUAAGACUGCCGAUGAGCAGGAGCUGAAGCAGAUUGCCUUUGAUGAGAGUUUGGUGUUCAUGCUGCAGGACUUCCGCACAUUGCUUCGCAACCCAGGGAUGAUUGUCUCUCUCCUCUCCACUCUAUCUGGGGCUGUGGUGACUGAGGGACCCACAGAGCCAGUGGUUGAAAUUACAACAGUGCAGACCCAGMGAGUAGUCAGAGACAUCGUCUUUAUGGUGGAUGGCUCUAGCUACAUUGGGGGCGCCAAUCUUCCAUAUGUGCGGGAUUUCAUUGUCGGCGUGGUAAACCUGCUGGACGUGCGGCCCGACAGGGUGCGCAUUGGCCUUAUGCAGUUUGCAGAGAACCCAAAGAUCGAAUUCUACCUGAACACGCACAACACAAAGCAAGAUGUGCUGGCUAAAGUUGGUCAGCUCAGGCUAAUGGGAGGGUCUGCUUUGAACACGGGAGCUGCGAUGGAUUACGCACUUACCAACAUGUUCCAGGCCUCGACUGGGUCACGUAAGAGGCAGGGUGUCCAACAGGUGCUUCUCCUGAUCACUGGAGGCCCAUCCCAGGAUGAGGUUAAAGGGAUUGCAGACAAAGUGGCCGUGGCAGGUGUACUGACCUUCACAGUCAGUGCUGGCCAGGCAGAUGAGGCCUACUUGAAGACGGUCGCUUUCGUCCCAAACUUGGCUUACCAUGAAAGCAGAUUUGCUGACCUGCCAAGUGUUGUUGAACAGAUCAUGACUCCUUUGACUACUGUGGUCGGAGAUACAGACAUUUCACAAACAGAAAUAACCGAGGAACCUGCAGUCGUUGGAGGCGAGAGGGAUGUUGCGUUCCUGAUUGACGGCUCUGAUAAUGUCCGAGCAGAUUUCCCCUACAUCCGGGACUUUAUCCUUAAAGUCAUUGAGCCUCUUGAUAUUGGACAAGAUAGAGUCCGGAUUUCAGUUGUCCAGCAUAGUGAGAGGCCAGCUCCCAAUUUCUACCUGAAUACAUAUAAGGAUAAGGCUGAAGUUAUAAGGGCCGUUAAUGAUCUAAGACUGGCCGGUGGACGGAGUCUGAACACCGGAAUGGCUUUGAAAUUCAUGAAGGACACCAUCCUGUCCCCAGUUCAUGGUAGCCGUGCGGCUCAAAAUGUACCCCAAUUUUUGAUUGUUUUGAUCGGAGGCAAGUCUAAGGAUAGCGUGAAGGACUCUGCUGGUGCUUUAAAGAACGAUGGAGUGGUACCGUUUGGCGUUGGUGUCAAGGAUGCAGACCCUAAGCAAAUCGAGGCUAUUUCUCACAACCCAGCCUUUGCUUUCAACGUGAAGGAAUUCAGCCAGCUCAAUACGGUCCAACAAACGCUCAAUAGCUAUGUGAGCCUUCCCAAGGAAAAGCUGAAGGUCGUCCUGGAGGAAGAUGAGGGAGGACCCGGAGACAGAGGUCCUCCUGGUGUCAAUGGAACGCAAGGUUUCCAGGGCUGUCCUGGACAGAGGGGCAUCAAGGGUGGUCGUGGAUACUCUGGAGAAAAGGGGGAAUAUGGAGAGAUCGGCCUGGAUGGCAUAAACGGAGAAGAGGGCAAGAGUGGAGUCGCUGGACCCCCAGGAGACAGAGGGAACCCUGGGAGAAUGGGACCCAAAGGAACUAAAGGACAUGCAGGAGACAUCGGGGAUACAGGAAUCAGAGGAGAUCCUGGAACCACAGGUCAAGAUAACAAUGUGGCUGGACCUAAAGGAGACCCAGGCGAUGUCGGCCCAGUGGGAGAGUCAGGGGAGGAUGGUAAGAAGGGAGGCCCCGGUGAACCAGGCAGGACGGGUUCUGAUGGUAGAAGAGGCCCACCUGGACAAGCUGGAAACCCUGGCAAACCCGGAGGUGAUGGUGUGCAGGGAGAGCCUGGUAUCGGAGGAUCCAGAGGCCAAGCUGGACCAAUCGGUGCACCUGGAACCAGAGGUGAGGACGGGAACCCUGGACCAAGGGGUCCAGGAGGAGCCCAGGGAACCCCCGGAGACAAGGGCAGGAGAGGAGCUCUGGGUCGCAAGGGUGAGCCAGGAGAGCCCGGACCAAAAGGCAUCGUGGGACCUCUGGGACCUCGUGGUGAGCCUGGCGAAGAUGGUCGGGAUGGAUUUGGUAUCGCAGGGCCCAAAGGAAGAAAGGGUGAUGAGGGCUUCCCAGGAUUCCCAGGACCAAAGGGAGCGGCAGGUGAUGGAGGAAACAAUGGCGGACCAGGACCCAUAGGAAACCGUGGCCAGAGGGGUGUUUCAGGGGAAAUCGGUACUCCGGGUCAAAAGGGAGAGGUUGGAUACCCCGGGCCUUAUGGCCAGAAAGGACCGAGAGGACCUGGCGUUGUGCAAUGUGACCUUGUGAAGAAAAUCAGAGACAACUGUCCUUGCUGCUAUGGUCAACAGGAGUGCCCUCUCUACCCCACUGAGCUAGCCUUCGCCCUGGACGCCUCAGAYGGCGUGGGUCGGCCGGCAUUCAACAACAUGCGUGACGCCGUGCUCCGUCUGGUCGGCAACAUCACCAUCUCCGAGAGCAAUUGCCCACGCGGUGCCCGCGUGGCCCUCACCCUCUACAACAACGAGGUGACCACCGAGAUCCGCUUUGCCGAUGCGCUGAAGCGCCGCUCCCUGGUGCAGCGCGUGGAAGGCUUGCAGGCAUUACAGACGCGCAAACAGCGCAGCCUGGAGACGGCCAUGAACUUCCUGGCGCAGAACACCUUCAAGAGGGUGCGCAGCGGCUUCCUCAUGAGGAAGGUGGCCAUAUUCUUUGUCAACGGGCCAGUGAAGGAUCAGCGGGCGGUCAGCGCCGCGGCCCUCCGUCUCUACGACUCCGGCAUCGCCUCGGUGUUCCUGGUCAACAAAGAGGAUGGCCAGCUCACCAGAGCCCUGAAGAUGAACAACACUGGGUCAGCACUGGGUCAGGUGAUCGUACUGCCUAAUCCCGGAAGUGCACAGUACAACUCGGCUAUCCAAAAGGUCAUGAGCUGCCACAUCUGCCUGGACUCCUGCGCUCCAGACCAAAUUUGUGACUACGUCCCCCCUCAGCAGUCGAGAGACAGGAGGUCCUCCACCACCGACGUGGACAUUGACAUGGCCUUCAUCAUGGACAGCUCCGAGACCACCUACCCCACUGUCUUCACCGAGAUUAAACGCUACGUUGCGCACAUUGUAGAGCAGCUUGAAGUCUCGUCAGACCCUAUGGCAUCCAUCCACCACGCCCGUGUGGCUGUGAUCCAGCAGGCACCCUACGAGUUCCUGCGCAACAGUAGCGGCUCGCCAAUCCGCGUGGACGUGGGCCUGACCGACCACCGCUCGGCCCAAGACAUCCGCAACUUCCUCCUGGACAAAACGCCCCAACUGGAGGGUGGGCGGGCRCUGGCGGCAGCCAUCGAGCACACGGUGGAGCAGGUGUUUGAAAGGGCGCCCCACCAGCGUGACCUCAAGGUGCUGACAUUGUUCGUGACAGGCCCAGUGGAGGAGGAUGAGGAGCGGCUGGUUGCCGUGGCCACCGARGCCAAGUGCAAGGGCUAUUUCUUGGUCAUCCUGGGCGUUGGCGAGAAGCUGAGUGCUGGGGACGCCCGCGUGAUGAUGCGCAUGGCCAGUGAGCCCUCCGACGUCUUCUUCAAGAGGYUGACCAGCACCUCGCACUUCUACGACAAACACAUUCAGAACUUUGGCCGACUGCUGCCCAAGUAUCUCAGCAUUGAGAACGCUUUCUACAUGUCCCCUGAAGUCUCCAAAAACUGUCAUUGGUACCAGAGUGACCAGCCAUUCCCCAAGUUCCCCUUCCCCAAAUCACACCACAGCCAAGAGAAACAUCAAAAACACCAUGAAAAUCACCAGGCAGUCCAUCCAAGAAAGCACAAMGACCAAGAGGAGUUGCACGUAGCCAAUGCCACUUCCAGUGCCCUGACCCUGCGCUGGGCCAGCCCGGACCCCAAGCUCAUAGCCUACUUCGAGGUGGUGGUGACGCGCCUGCGCGACCACACACUGGUGCUGAGGAGGAAUGUGACAGGCACGGAGCUCACUGUAGGCGGCCUGGAGAGCGCCCAGACCUACCACGCCGYGGUGACCACACACACCGCCCAGGGCCACGUUGCGGCCGUACACAAAGGCAUUAUUACCACCAAAGCAGCAGCAGAGCAUAAGGUCGCUGCUCCCAUGGAGGUGACUGGUAUCAUAGCCACUGCACCACUGGACAAACCAGAGAUUGCUAACGAGCUCACAGACCCAUGCUCUCUUGACUUUGACCCUGGAUUGGCGUGCAAAAACCAUCAGGCUAAGUGGUUCUUUGACAGAAAGAAUGGGAUCUGUACCCAGUUCUGGUACGGUGGUUGUGAAGGCAAUGGCAAUAGGUUCGAGACUGAAUCCCAGUGCUUGAAACGCUGCAUGAGGUCAGAACCUCAGCAACAAGUGGAACAGCUUCAGACUGAGAUCCUUCCAGCUCCCGCGGCCUUGACAGGAGUGAAAAUCUGUCAGCUCCCCAAAGAGGAAGGCGCAUGCGCAAAGUUUGUUCUCAAGUGGCACUACGAUGCACUCAGCAAGAGCUGCUCACGCUUCUGGUACGGAGGCUGUGGCGGCAACCAGAAUCGCUUCGAAACUCAAGAGGAGUGUGAGAAGGCCUGUGGAAAAGCAGCUCUGCCUCGAGGGCAAAAGGCAUGGGAUUGGUUGGAUGAAAGCCGUGCAAACCCCGAGCGGCACUCACAGCGACGAGUGAGAAUGAAAGGAAAGAGAAGAAAAGGCUCGCUCGGUGCACCUGUCAACCAAGGAGUCAUUGCCGCAAUACGAACAUAGGAGGACWUUGAUUCAUUGUCAACGCAUUCCUCUUCUGAGAUUCGGAAGAAAACCAACUAAAAUGGCCAAAGAAAAGCUAUACCAAAGGAAAGGUGGCUGCACUGGAUUCCAUGAACAGGAUUUGAKCAAAAACAAUCUUGAAGUAGUCUUUUUCACAAAAUGAAAGCAACACAAUUUUUGCUGCAUGAUAUUUCCUACUGGUGCUACAUAGGGUUUUUUUGUUUUCUCUGAUGGAAUUGCAGAGUACRUCCAGUGUUUGUAAUGUAAAAUUCUGCAACAGUUACACCAUAUGUUUUCAUAAAAUAAUAAACUCAUGAGAAUAAGGUUUUAUAAUUCAAAUGUAUGUGUAUGAACAUCUUGGGACAGAGAUGAUCAAUAAAUUGUUAUUUACACAUACACACACACACACUCACAUUCACACACAGGUCCACAAUGACUUUGAAAGGCUCAUCAUAGGUUUAUUUUACUUCACUAUAUAAUAAGYAAGUAAGCAUUUCACUGUUACUCUACACAUGUUGUUUACGAAGCAUGUGAUGAAUAACAUUUGAUUUGAUAUAUCCCCCAAUUUACUUUCCCUCACCAUGCCAAAUACUCUCCUAGUUGCAGAGUUCACGCUGAUGUUAACACAAGUCCUACCUGGCAGUGUGUAUAUAAUGAGUUCAACCAAUUUCUCAGCGUCGAAAGGAAUUCAUCCUGUAACGUAAAUGCACUUCUGGAACCACUGCCUCAAACACAUGUUCCAGUUUUUGAAGAUGGAAUGUACUUGUCAAGCUGUUUUUUGUUUUGUUUUACUGAACUUUGUGUUUCAUCUGGGAACGGGGGGGAAAUAAAAAUGAAUUAGACUUUCUAAUAAGCUCGA